AUGUUUUCUACAUUCGCGGCCGACCCAGAGAAGAAGAGCCCUUCCCGACCUCGUCCUAAACGAAACCAGGUUGCGCGGGCUUGUGACUGGUGCCGGUUAAAUCGAAUCAAAUGUGAUGACUCUCAGCCUUGUCAGAAUUGUCGCAUCCGUGGCGUCCAAUGCAGCAAUGGGAAACGAACGGAUGUUCCCACAUUACCAGCAGCAAAUAGGGAAAUACAAAGAUUGCGGAACACUAUCCAAGCACUGCAAGGCCAGUUGAGCAAGGCUGGCCAAGAGUCCCAGGAUCAGGCGCCGAGGAAAUAUGCGACACCACCCGAUUCUGACAGUGUCGGCGUUUCGCCCCAGUUCGAUCCCCUGACAUCUCGUGUUCCACGAUCCAUGAAUUCAUCUUCCACGACGAGGGAGUGGAAGGGAAUUGAGAUCCAUGAUGCCCACACCGGUGGGGCAAUCUACUAUGGGCCGCUGUCAUCUUCGUAUUUCGGGGCCCGCAUGGGUCGAUUUCUAUCCGAAGCGCUGAGCAAACACCAGCCCGAAUCAAUGGCUAUGAUGGAUAAUCAGCCGUUGACCUACCCACCUAACAUUCUGACAUGUCACCAAGACCAGAAAUGGCCUGGAAAUUCAACCUUCGCCUCCGACCAGAGCACAAUUGCCGCUCUGGAGUCCCUGUCUCGGGCGCAGGAACAAUAUUUCAUUGAUUUGCUUUGGCAAUCAUUCCAUGGCAUCUACCCGGUCCUUUCUGAGUCGGACUUCAGAGAAUAUUACUGCUCCUUGUGGGAUAUGGGGGAUGAUCAAUCAACCCGGCGACCCUCUUCGCUUGUUGAUAGUAUACUAGCUGUUUGUAUGCAAUAUGGAAGCACCUUUCUUACAAGUGACGAGGAUUGUUUAGACAGUGAAAGGGAUCAUCAUGUACUGUCAGUUUCGAUGAAGAGCCAUGCACUAUUUCGUCGUGCCCAGUCCCUGCUUCUAGACGAGAUCGAAAGACCGUCCAUAAUGACCUUGCAGAGCUACAUCUAUUGUAUUAUCUACCUCACCAACACAUCCCUGCUAAACGCAGCGCAUUCCCUUUUAGGGACGGCUGUCAGAGUUGCCCAAUCCUUACGGUUGCAUUUACCUCCAUGCGACACGACCCUUCGCGAGUAUCAAGAGUUAAACCGACGUCUUUGGUGCACCCUGGUUGGAUUCGAUUGCCAGCUUUCUAUGACCUUGGGUCGACCUCAACUAAUAAACCUCGAGGAUAUCGAGGCAAGUCUACCAGGAGAUAGCCAUGAACACGCCCUGUUAUCUGGCUCCGUGUUAAUGACCCUGGGCAGUGAGGAAAUUAGCUGGCUGUCCUUCCACGUACAGUCCCUUCGGCUUUCCCUCACUGUCCGAGGCGUCCAGAGUGCCUUUUAUCAGCAUGGUGCUAGGUUGAUGGAACAGAAAAACGCACAAAACAUGUAUGAUGAUGCCAUUCUGACGGAAGAACUAGCCGCAUGUCUUGGCCGAGAAUUGAGCGUUGUAUAUGACUGGGCACGCAAGGUGCCCGAAUCACUCAAGACUCCAAGGAAAGGCUCUGGAGAGCCUCUUUCGACGGAACGCUGUCCAGUUAAAUUGAAUGCACUCAGUCCACUUUGGCUUCAACGCCAGCAAGUCCUUCUCGAGAUCUCAUAUCAUCACUUUCAGCUGACAAACUUCCGCCCAUUCAUUCGAUUACGGCCUGGCUGCCCAUCAAUCACCCCGCUAUCUGACUGCCACAGUAUCAGUUGUCUCAACCACGCUGUGACUCUGACUAACAUUAUAUAUCAAAUCCUCACUGAAACGGAUCUACUGCGCGGCUGGUACCCUGUAUUUCAAUACCAAUGGGAUGCUGCUCUCUGCAUCCUUGGAUUUGUGCUAGCCAACCCCGUAUGUCCACCUACGCCUGCAGCUCGUAAAUCUGUUCAAACUGCGAUAAAAUCCUUUGAAAUGAUAGGGAGAUACUCUGUGGCAGCUGUUACAGCCUCUCAAAUUGUGCGCGAAAUUGGUGCCCAGGGUGAAAUGCUUGUCGAAAAGUUUAAUAGAAGUCUUUCUACGCGCAGCCCACCUAGCAAAAGACGGAGGGAUACAUCUGCGACGGUGCAAAUGGUUUCAGCUCCUGCAAUGACCCCGGAGUACCUACAAGGUCUUUCAGUUAGCCAAGCAUAUGAUAUCUCGGAUUUUAUGAACGGUAUGGGUACGCCUGUUGUGGAUCCAUUUGCUCAGUUUGAUCCAUCGAAACCGCACAUUGAUCUUUCGAGCAAUGGAAUGGUUGCAGUGGGAUCUCCAUGGAUGAAUAAUGAAGAUAUUAUGGCUUCCUUUCCAAUGUUUCCAGAAGAAAAUAUGUGA